AUGGCGACUCCAACCCCAUCGAGUCUUAAGCCGCGACGGUCGACUUCGUCGGCCCAGUCGUCGUCUUCACAACCCGCUGAAAUCAUCGGCCAGUUCAAGCGCAUGGAUCAUAUUGGCAAAGGCAGCUUUGCGGAGGUCUAUCGAGGCAUCCACAUCGAAAAACGGCAAGCUGUAGCCAUCAAAUCCGUGAACAUGAGUAAGCUCAACAAGAAGCUCAAAGAUAACCUUGUCUCCGAGAUCUCGAUAUUGCGGUCCUUGCACCAUCCUCACAUCGUUGCCCUUAUUGACUGCAAGGAGGCACCGUCCCGUAUGCACAUCAUCAUGGAGUUCUGUGAGCUUGGUGACCUCUCGUCCUUUAUCAAGAAGCGUGCCGACCUCGUCAAUCAUCCACAGACCCAGCGCAUGAUGGAAAAAUACCCAAAUCCUCCAGUCGGAGGUCUUAACGAAGUUAUUGUGAGACACUUUGCAAAACAGAUGGCUAGCGCCCUAGAGUUCUUGCGGUCCAAAAACUACAUUCAUCGCGACCUCAAACCACAAAACCUCUUGCUUAACCCUUCAAGCAUGUAUUAUUCGCAGAGUGGUCUGCUAGACCGCAUGCCCCUCGCCGCCGAUGCUAAUUCCCUCAUACCUGCUACUGGCGUGGAGUCCUUGCCAAUGCUCAAGAUUGCCGAUUUCGGGUUCGCUCGAAUACUUCCACAGACAUCGUUGGCAGAGACUCUGUGUGGUUCGCCACUCUACAUGGCCCCUGAAAUCCUUCGUUAUGAGAAGUACGAUGCCAAAGCUGAUCUGUGGUCCGUUGGAACAGUUCUUUUCGAGAUGAUGUGUGCCAGGCCACCCUUUAGAGCGAACAACCAUGUGGAAUUGCUACGCAAGAUUGAAGAUCGUAAAGACCAAAUCCGUUUCAUCGAAGGGAUUGUAUCGACUAGGGCAAUGAAAAAUCUCAUCCGAGCACUUCUCAAACGCACUCCACUCGAGCGCAUGUCGUACGAGGCAUUCUUCUCAGACCCGGUUAUUCGCGAUGAGAUACCCGGGCUCGUCGAGGAAGAUCUCCCGCAGGCGGCCGAGUCGAUUUCCAUGGAACAGUCUAAGCGAGUCCAGAAGAUGCCAGCCGAGACUGAUCGACGUGCGCAAGAGUCACCAUACUCCCAGUCACCUCGAGAAAGGACUCCGUACGGAACGACACCUCCCUCAAGACCAUCGUCACGACCACAGCACUCUGGAACUCCUCCCCGUCAUGAUUCCCGUCGCAGGCUUAGCAAUACACCCUUGGCUACUAUUGAGCAGGAACCUCCCGUGCGCGAGCGCCGGCCUACGUUGCCAAAUGUCAUGACAGCUCCCGCCAGGCCUGCUACUUUACAAGACCGAAAUUCAAGCCCGUAUGUCUCUGGAGGACGCCGUUAUAGCCGCGACGAGCAGUUGCCUCCAAGUCUCCCACUCAAGGAUCACCUUGAAUACGAGCGUACACCCCAACGGCAAGAAGCAGGCGCAAUGAGGGAUGCUGCAGAUCGAGCUGCUCAAGACGCUGCUCUGGAUGAUGGUUUCGUGUUUGUGGAGAAAAGAAGGGUAGAGAUUGAUGCUUUGGCAGACGAAAUAGCUGCAAGCCCACACAAUGCCCGCGACCGACCAUCAGCUCGAGACGGUGCUAUGCAGCGACGCAAGACAACUCAAGGCUCGCCUACUUCGACCACUGGUGCAACCGCUCCAUCGCGUGCAAUCCAGAUUCAACAAAAGCAGGGAGCUGUCCAUCAACGCACAGGGUCCUAUGAGCGCCGGCGACAAUACAGGCCUAGUUUUGAGAGCGCAACUUCUGCACUUUCUAAAGCUAUGAAUAUGGUCAACAUUCGGGGCCUAGGCUUGUCACCACCUAACAUGAAGGGUGUAUCCCCUCCACAAGGUUACGCAGCGUUUCCUACGUACCCCACGGCACAGAGCAGCAUGCUUCUAGUCGACGUCGGCGCAAAGGCCUCUAGCAAAGACGAAGAUUCUUCCCUAAUUAAGAAGACUGAGGAACUUGCACAGCUAAGCCAUGUAGUCUAUGGAUUUGCAGAAGUCAAGUACAAGCAACUGGUUCCCGUUGCACCAAGUGAUCAAGGUCUCGGAAUUGGUCCAAAUGGUGUUGCUAGGAAACCCAGUAGUGAUGGCCUGGAUGAUGAUGAUGACGAUGAUCUCACAGCUGAUGCUAUUCUCACCAUCUCCGAAGAAGCUCUUGUACUCUAUGUCAAGGCACUGGCUAUUUUGAACAAGGCAAUGGACCUGGCAGGCACUUGGUGGAAUCGUCGCCAAAGGAAUACUUCCCCAAUUGACACCACCAGUCGGUCAUCUGCACACACUGAUCGACUCAAUCGAGUCGUCUCUUGGGUUCGCGAUCGCUUCAAUGAGUGCUGUAUCAAAUCAGAAAUCGUUGCACGAAAGCUCAAGCAAGCCCAGGUGCAACUGCCAUUGGACCAUCCCAGCCAUCCUCAGAAUCGCUCGUCUGCAUCCGGGUCGGCCACCACGAUAGGCUCUGCAGAGAACAUUCUUCUGACUACAGGUGUCACAGCAGAGAAGUUGAUGUAUGAAAGAGCACUGGAAAUGAGCAGGACCGCCGCUGUCAAUGAAUUGGUGGGAACUGACCUGGCCGGUUGCGACCUCAAUUACUGGACAGCCAUCCUCAUGAUUGAAGCUAUUCUGGAAGACGAAGAAGAAUCUUCCAGUCGAAGAUUAGAAGGUGACGAAAUCAAUGGCCUCGAGUCUGAAGAUCGCCAGUCCAUCCAAAAAUUGUUGGAAAGUAUGAAGGCCCGUCACCGAGCACUCAAGAAAAAGAUCGAAAGCCAAAAGGCAUUGAAACGAGCAUCCAUAACCAGUGCACCCGCAGCCCACCCAGCGAGUCGCAGCUCGCCUUCCUCACAAGGCACCGCGAGGUGA